AUGAAGUUAUCAUUUAAGGCUGUCGAUGGACAUGACAAAUAUCUUGGGCUUCCGACUUACAUUGGGGAUUCAAAGAAACAGGUUUUCCAAAUCGUUCAGGAUCGAGUCUGGAAAAAGUUGAAAGGGUGGAGGGAAAAAUUUCAUUCUCAAGCCGGGCGGGAAGUUCUUAUCAAGUCUAUUGCUCAAGCUAUUCCCACGUAUGCAAUGCAAUGUUUUCUGCUACCGGUGAGCAUUCUGGAUGAGAUCAAAAAAUUAUGUAGGAACUUCUUUUGGGGUCAAAAGAAGGAUGAGAGGAAGAUGAGCUGGGUGGCUUGGGAGAAAUUUUAUGCUCCAAAGUCACAUGGUGGUCUAGGAUUUCAAGACAUGAGGAACCUUAAUAGAGCCCUCCUUGCAAAACAGGCGUGGAGAAUUAUGACAAAUGAGGACUCUUUGAUGUCAAAAGUGCUCAAAGGGAAAUAUUUUCCCAAUUCUUCUUUCCUUGAGGCUAAAAUUUCCCCGAAUAUGAGUUAUACUUGGCGUUCAAUUCUUGGUGCUAGAGAUGUGCUGGAAAUGGGAGCUAGGAAGGUGGUUGGUGAUGGUACUACGACAUUGAUUAGAAAGGACCCCUGGAUUCCUAGCCUUCCUAAUUUUAAAAACUCUACCAUAAUUUGGGGUUGA